GAGUUAUAAUGAAGUUCAGUUUUCAAUAAUUGGAUUCAUUCGAAGUAUCAAGUACACAAGCAAAAAAGUUAAAGAAAAAGAUGAGAGUGACAUUAGUUCUAUUAACUGUGUUGGGCAUAAGCUUAGCGGCUUUAGAUAUUCCAGAACACAUGCGAGCAGGGACAAAACAAUUACGAAAAGCAUGUGUGGCUGAAACAGGAAUCGAUGUGAAACAUAUCGACGCAAGCAAAAAUGGGCAUCUAGAAAAUGUGCCCGAGAUGGGCUGCUAUAUCAACUGUCUUUUGGAGCAUGCUGGUAUGAUAGAUACAGAUGGAUCAAUUCAUUGGAGAGAUGUAUGGCACUUUUUGACACCAAGCAUUCAGGAAACAGUAAAAAUUGUUGUCGCCGAAUGUGAGACAAAACAUGGCGAAAACAAAUGCGAAACAGCCUUUCAAACCAUUGACUGUUAUUACAAAACUCAACCAGAGGGUGCUGAACUUCCAUGAGUUACAUCCGCCGAUGCAGAUUCAAAUUAUUACUUUUUUCUUUAUGUUUUUCAUAUGAGCACCAUACAUCAAUAUUGAAAUUCAUCAUCAAGAAAUAAAUGUGAUACAAAUUACUUACUCUAACAAUUCAUCCGACUUAGUUAUUGUAACAAUCAUUCGAGUGCAGCGUAUAGCUUCGAUUUGCAUUUUCACAGUUUGAACCUAUAUAUUAUUAAGUUAAAGUGUUGUCUCGAAUGUCGCAUAUAGCCAUCGCCACAUUCUUCACAUUAGAGAGAAAAUAAAUCACCUCAUAUGACCCAAUUGUAUUGAUACAAAAUUGCGAACAUAUUUCCCAGAGUUUUGCAGUCAUCAAUAUCAACGCAAGUGGACAGUCAACUUUUUGGUCACAAAGUCCAACAUUUGGAAUGCAUAUUCCACCAUCACAAUCAUUUCGGUCGCUCGAUCGCAUGUUUUUAUCGGUGCAGCAAGUUACCUCUUUUGAUUUCAUCAAAUUCCAAAAGAAUUUAAAGAAUUUUAAAGAAUUUAAAUACAUAUAAAAUGAAACUAUA